GAUCUAUUAGUACCUUCACACGCAUUGGGUGUGGCAACUCCUUGAGUCCUCAGCAGGACGCAAACAACAUUUUGGUCUAUCUCUUGUUCCGGUUGCAUUUUCACCUCCUGUGGCCAGCGAUAUAUUUAUACCGUGCAUACCUCGCGCACAAUGGAUGUCGCGCGACUCAUACUUCAGAGGCUCCCUGAGUCUGAUGCUAUUUCAUCUGUCAUACUCUCGGAACAAUUGCAGCUAGAGCACCAAAUUGUCGUUGGAGGCAUCAAAUGCUUGGAGAGUUUUGGGGAGAUUAUCUCUUGCGUUCAAGUAACCGAGUCUACGCACGAAUUAACUGAGGAAGGUAACGAGAUUGUGGCAAAUGGAAGUCACGAGUUUCGUGUCUUCCUAUCCGUUCCUGUUGAGGGAAUCUUACAGUCUGAUUUGAUGGACAAAUUUCCAUAUGCCAAAAUAGGGUUAAGUAAAGCGCUUGCUUCCAAAUGGCUGAAGAUUGUGAAGGAUAAUAAUAAUGCCUCACGUGUUGUUCGAAUGACCGAUAAUGUGGACGAUACUGUGCAACAACUUUUACUAUCCUUUUCUUCCGGGAAGCAUUCUUUUUCGGAUCAAGAAAAAAACGAGCUGAAGAAACGGAAGCUUAUAGUGGAUGUGAAACGCACUAGCUAUCUGGUCUCCCGGGGUCCCUGUUUCUCGUUGGACAUUGGGAAGGAGGCCACGGACAUUACUCAGGAAAUGCUCAGCAGUGGGUCAUGGGAGACGGCGAAAUUCAAGGCCUACAACUUUGAUGCUCUCGGUGCCGCCUUGCCUCGUGGUCACCUCCACCCGUUACUCAGGGUGCGCUCGGAAUUCUGUAAGAUACUAACCUCCAUGGGGUUCUCAGAGAUGCCAACCAAUAAUUACGUCGAGUGCAGCUUUUGGAAUUUCGACAGCCUCUUCCAACCACAACAACAUCCUGCUCGAGAUGCUCAUGAUACCUUCUUCGUGUCCGAUCCCGCCACUGCGGAUGUGAAUCAGAUGGCUCCUGCGCCGUACAUCGACCGUGUCCGUACCGUGCACAGCCAAGGAGCGUACGGCAGUCGUGGAUAUCAGUCCGAGUGGCUCCUCUCAGAGGCGGCCAAAAAUGUUCUACGUACUCACACCACAGGGGCCAGUGCCAGAAUGCUGUACGCACUCGCAAACCAGAAACCCGUUGUUCCAGCUCGGUACUUCAGUAUUGACCGCGUGUUCCGCAAUGAAACACUCGACGCAACUCAUUUGGCCGAGUUUCACCAAGUCGAAGGCCUCGUUGCCGACUACGGUCUAACUUUGGGCCAUUUGAAAGCUGUGAUUCGAGCUUUCUUUAACAAACUGGGUCUCACAAAGCUUCGUUUCAAACCGGCGUACAACCCAUACACAGAACCAAGUAUGGAAAUCUUCAGCUUUCAUCCAGGUUUAAAUAAAUGGGUAGAGAUUGGCAAUUCGGGAAUUUUUCGGCCUGAAAUGCUCCGUCCGAUGGGUCUUCCCGAAGGCAUGACCGUGAUUGCGUGGGGUCUAUCUCUGGAACGACCUACCAUGAUCCGCUACGGUUACAAAAAUAUCCGCGAUCUCAUUGGUCCAAAAAUCGACUUGAGCAUGGUUUAUUCUGCUCCUCUUUGUCGGAUGGAAAAAUUCUAG